AUGGAUCAAUUAACUUUCGAUAUUUUAUAUUUAUUUUUUGUUUUUUGCUUUUUUACUAUUUGGUUUGGUUCAAUAAUAUUCGAAAAAUCCAAUUACAUAAGUUGCAAAAACUCUACUAUAAAAGGUAAAAAAUGCGAUUACUGUAUCUCUAAUGACGAAUUCAUAGAAAAUCAAGAAAAGCUACGUCAAAGAUUUGCACAGAUACACUAUAGACCAUAUUAUCAGCGACAAUAUCAGUUAUAUCAACAGAUGCUAUAUCAACAAGAACAAGAACGUCUAAUGCUUGAACAACAAGAACAAGAACGACUAUAUCAACAACAUCUAAUAGUUCGAAAACUUUUUAAUAAACAUUAUCAGUUGCAAUUACAACUAGAACAUAACCAUCGAAAAAAACAAAGCCAAGUUAAAUGA